ACUCGUCCGGUCUCCUCUCUAGUGGGAAGCAGUUGACAACAGCAGCCAAGAGCAGGCCGAAGUGGGCAAACAACACACACAUAUGAAGAACAGAGAGAAAUAACUCCACAUUCAGAUUUUAUUUAAUAUAAAUAUCAUGUUUAAUUUGACUCUUCAGCAGUUUGAAGUCCGUUAAAACAGGAAGUGGUUUGUAAAGAGAGGUCGAACACCUGUCGAAGAUAAAUAGGUUAACUCAGCUAACGGCUGCUAGCACACUACUAAGCUAGCUUCUCCAGACCUGGUCCAGACCUGAUCCAGACCUGAUCCAGACUUGAUCCAGACAUGUCGUCCCCCUCCUCGUCCAGGCGCCAGUGGUGCUACCUGUGCGACCUGCCCAAGAUGCCCUGGACUGUGGUCUGGGACUUCAGUGAGGUGGUCUGCCGGGGCUGUGUGAACUACGAGGGAGCGAAUCAGAUUGAGUUCCUCAUCGCGAGCGCCAGACAGUUGAAACGGACUCACGGGAUGCAGGACGGGAACGUCAGGUCACCUGGUCCUUCACCCAACAAACACGGCACACCUGGUCGAGGAGACCCGUCAGCAGACGGGGGCAGGCCGCAUCCAGACCGCUUCGAGAGGGGAGGAAGUGCCGGGUCAGCUAUACGAGUACCGCCAAACGGGCUGCAUCGAGACGGCCAGCCGCCUCAGGAGGUCCACCGCCAGAGUCCCAGCGGCAGCCGGAGACCCAUGCUCGGCGCUGCCAUCCCUCCUAGUCUAGUGACUCAAAGUAUCGCAGGGAUUCCUCAUGGACUUCUUGCAGGCAUGCCUGCAGGUCUGACCGCCCGGACAGCCCCCAUGAGUAACCCCAUGAUCUUCCCUGCUCCUGUGCUGGCCGAGAUGAGCCGCAGACAGUUGGGCAUCGGGAUGGGGAUCGCCCCCUUUAUCACUCCGGAGUUGGAGCGAGAGCUCAGUUCGUCCCAGAACCAGCCCAAGAUCCAGUCCCAGAUCCACUCUGCUGUGGCUGGAAGCAGCACCAGUAAGAGUUCAGGCCUGCCGUCUUCAUCCUCAUCCAUGGCCGGAGGUGUGAGCCAAACAAGCCCCAAGCCUGCAUCGUCUCCAGCCAGGCAGCCACGCCCCCUCACCGCGAGGUCUGGAGGGGAGCCCCUUGGGUCCAGCACCUCUGCAGAGGCAGCGACCACUGCUGCAGCACUACCCCACAGUGGGGCCUCUGAGCUGGGGUCUGCAACCGCCAACAAUACCCAUUCAACAGGAAACACUCUGUCCUGCACCUUGUGUCACGAGAGGCUGGAAGACACACACUUUGUUCAGUGUCCAUCAGUGCCCGGACACAGGUUCUGCUUCCCGUGUACCCGAAUCUACAUCCAGAGCCGGCGGGGUGACGGUGAGGUCUACUGCCCCAGUGGAGAGCGCUGCCCAUUGGAUAACUCUCCCAACAGUCCCCCUUGGGCCUUCAUGCAGGGAGAGGUCUCCACUAUACUAGGCACUGGUGGAGCAGGAGCCGCGCCGGCUGCUGCAUCCGGAGCAGGGACCGGGCCCGGACCUGGUCCUGGAGCUGCAGGAGCAUCCGCGCAAGGGUCAGUGAGUGGACCUGGGAGUGGAGCCGGGUCUGGAAGCGGAGACAUCACAGUGAAGAAAGAGAGGGAGACGUGAUGGUGAUUUUCACGGAAGCAAGGACCCAACACAGCAACAGACUCGUGUCACACACCACAGAGGGAGACAUCUGCACUGGACCGCAGAGAGCUCCAGAAGAGAAGAAGAAACACGGCGACACACAGCUCAGAAAAACCUCCCUUCCACAGGUCUUUAAACGCACCCUCCCAACAUCAGCCACACCAUCAGACCUCACCACAUAUUUGACGUAUGUUGCAAAGACUGCCUUCACACAUCGUCUCUAUUUUUUUUUCUUCUUCCUCCUGACUCUGCAAACGAGAAUGUGACACCUUAAUUUCAUGAAUCAGCACAUUUCCUGUCGUGACGAGUGAAAUAAAAGCCACAGUCAGAUAUUGACAACCAAUCAACAGUUCAACAAUGGCUACUUUUUGGAGAGUUAUUUGUCACUUUAAACGGUUAAAAUAACGGAUUUAUCCCAAACGAGCUCAGCCAGACGGACAUAAAAGAGCUGAAGCAUCAAAGACUUUCUCUGGGUGUCAUAACCACUAUUUACCUUUUUAUACGCCAAAAAUUACACCACCAUUAGAUGUGCUGUCCUAAGAUAAUUAUUCACACAGCAACUAAAAUAUGCACCUUAAAGAAUCCACAUGUGCCACUCAGGUAUCUAUGUUUGGACGCCAGUGUUUUCAAAUUAUGCUUGUUUUCAGAGGAGUCCUCUCAAACUCUCAGAAAGUAGCCACGGUCCAGUGUUGAUUGUCACUGUACAGUCGAUAUCGUGUUCCCACAUGAAAGCACAAAAGCAUAUUUUUAAAACCCCCAAAAACACAAAUUUCUAAUCAUGAAAACAGAAGCCACGUUUGUUUUAAUUUAUUUUUCUUGUUGAUGAUAAAAACGUUUGUAGAAAAGGUCGGACAUCAGGCUGAAACACGUUGGAGCUUAAUCCUCUGACACAGUUGUUUUAGUGUGUCCGACGAUUCCUUGAUCUAAAUUAAAUAUUUGUGCUUCUAAAAGAAAACACUUUAUUUUUUAAGCUGAUAUGAAUUCAAAGAUUAUGACAAAGUGCACCUGUAAUUUCAAAUACAGACGAUUUUAAGUUCUCUGACUGAAUCUGAGUCCGAGCACACUUUCAGAUUCUUCUCUUCCUCAAGCUGAAUCUUUACUUUCACACCAGAACAGACGAAACCAACGUGAGGCGUGGACAGAAAGCCAGCAGCGACAUUUCCCUGUGCGUCUAUGUCAUAUGUGUUGGUCAGUUUGAAACGAAGCUGACUUUGACUCAGAGAAAAACAAAACAAAAAAAAACAUGCAGUGAAUCUGUCGACCAGCCACAGACACUGACUGUAUUUAAAUGUUGCUUUCAUACAGACCCGGCCUACGCUUACCACGAAUGUAUAUGAAAAGAUAUCUAUGAUAGGCCUAGGACUAUAUUUUAUACUAGAAUGUUAAAUGUUAUAUACUCUAUAGAUCUAUUAUAGUAUGUAUGUGCAAUCCUCUGUCAUAGUAUAUGCAACAAUUUGGAAUAUGUACCUGAAAGCGUUUGUGUAUCAUUUCUUCAACCUUUUGUUUUCUAAAGAGAGGAUCCACCCAAAAGCAGACAAGUCCAUCCAUCCAUCAUCCCUGAGAGGUUAGAGUUUAGGGAUUAGUUUUCCUCAAGUUAAAGAGAAAAAUCUUAUUUUUAUGGAGCCUGUGUGGAGUGGAUUUAAUCUGAUCUUCAUUUAGACAAACCCUGUUAAGUCUGCUAUGUUUGCACUCCAUUCAUUGUCACCUUUGGUUUAAUUCGUGUUCAGCAAACAAAAUCUACACAGAAACAAAAGCACACUUCAAAACACAGAGAUGCACACAUGCUCUUACACUGGACUUCCACCAGAUCCGUGUCCAAAUUGUCAACUGAAUUGAAGCCAAUGCAGAAGUGUUAAAACCUGCAGUUCAUCAAGUGUCCGCUUGAGGCUGGUUCUGGAAGUACCGGAGACCACAUACACACCAAUUCAAAAAGGCCGAUCUUUACAGCAGAAAUAAACAUGUUUACAUCCUGGUACAAAAGACGAGUGUAGUCUGGAUAGCUAACACUGUAGCUGUUGGCAAGGAGGCUCAAACUCCACCAGUUAUGUUGAGUUCAACAUUUCCAAUAUGGCUGCCACCGACGAUUAGCUUCAAAACAGCGCUUCAGAAACAGAUGGGUAACGUCACAGAUACUACGUCCAUAUUUUAUACAGUCUAUGGUCAACGCAGCACAAAGCAGGGCCGCCGGAAGCUGGAGUCACAAGACCGGGGUUUUCCUGCAGUAAUCACUGAAUCAAGGAUUCUCCUCCUCCUUCUCUCCUCAUCCAUGUUGUCUUUCUGGUCCUCUGAAAACCUCUGACCUGUUGACUCCAGGCCUGGCUCCGCUCAUCAUGACGGUUUGUUGUUGUAGUUCAGUGAAAUACGAUCUGGUGAUAACACAGAGAGUUUUAUUCUGAAAAUCAACCGGAUGUUUUCAUUUAGUUUGAAACCUGACUUCCUGUCCCUUCCUGUAUCGGAUCCGGAUCAGAGACUGAGCUGGAACACAAUGGAGUGGAUCCAGUGGAAGUUAACACAUUGACUAGAAUUGAAGCCUAUCAAAUCCGGUGCUGUGACAUAUCUGGUGGAAUUUGUCCAUUGCACACAGUCUCAUGAAUUUAUUCUAACACAAGAACAAAGUUUAAAAUCCAGAGCAUGUCCCUGUAACAUUAGAAGAGGUCACAGCUGAUAAGAAGUGAAGCUGUCACCCUGCAUUAAAUAUAUAAAGAGGUGAAGAGAAGAGGAAGUCUUCAUGCUCACACUGAACAAGAUCAAAUAUUCAGGGACUGAGUUCUGGGUGGAUUCUCUCUUUAAGUGCAGCGUGUACUCUUCAGUACAGACGCACGGACAAACCAAAGGUCACUUUCUGCCCAAACAGAUAUUUCUGGAUGUAAAUGUUUUAUUAAAAAAUAUAUAUUGCUAUAUUUCUGGACCAGGUCUGAACUGGUUCUCUUCAUCAGACAGUUCCAGGCCCGUGUGGUCUGCUGUACUUCUGGGAUGUGACGUAUAAAAGUCAAUUGUAUUUAGUCUUCUAUAUAUAAAGAUCGUCCCACAGAUCAGGUCUGUUCUACAGAAAUAUCUCUGAAGAAGUGGAAUUUGAGUUGAAUAUGCACUGAUACAUCAUGCAAUCCCUUGUUAAGUGCCUUUUUCAAAUGUUUACCGUCUGUUUGUGUGCUGGGAACCUCAGGGGAAGUUAGGAGUGCAAUGACUUUUUUUAUUGUUCAGUCGAUGAUUAACCUGAAUCUGUUUCCCUUCGGUCGCCAUCAGACGGCUUCGCUUUUAUCUGAAGCUUUUGCAAAGUCGGCUUUCCUUUCAUUGUUUGAUACGGUCUCUCUCUCUGCAUCGCUCUCUACGCUGACCUCGUCUCCUUCAUGUGUCGGGUUUUAGAUCUGUUGGUUUUAUUGCAGCUUCAUGUACAACUAGAAACCAGGAAUAAAAUGGGAUGGAAACUUGUA